GGAGGCAUGCAUCUUGUGCUCCAGAUCCACUCACAUAGUGUUAGGAAGUAGAAUAUCUAUAUUGUUACACUAAUGGAACGUUCGUGUUAAAAAUCAAUCUAAACAUACCUAAUUUUGAUGAAUCGUGUGUUGAACGAGCUUAUAAUAACAGCAUUGUCACUUACAGCAAUAAUCACUGGUAGUGGCUGCACACUAACACAUGUUGUAGGCCACUGUAAAAAUAUAUUAUUAUUUGUUUGUUACACUAUAAUAUUCCAUAAGAAAGAAAAUGCAGAUGUAGAGACUUCAAUGAGACACAUUCUUGUAGGCAUAUAUUAUGUAUGCAAUAUUAAAUACACGUGGAAGUAUUAUGUUCCAAUGGAAGUGAGACUUACAAAAUAAUAAGCAUACUUUGACAGCAUACAGUGCCAGGACUCUGAUCUUGAAUGAGCACAUGUUGAAUAGUGUUGAACUGUUUUUCUGCCAGCUUGGAAAAAGAAAUUGGCCCUCACAAAAUCAUGCUUGAGCACUCAGAACUCUGCAACAUGGCAAGAGCUUUGCUAUCAUGCUGUUGCUUUCACAUCUUGACGUUCAAAGUCAAAUUGUGGUGAUUUUCAGUCUAGAUGCUUUGACUCAGUUGCACACAGGAAAUGUGAAACUUCCUCAAAAGGUACCACAAAGCGUACAAAGACAAAAACAGUCACAGAUUAAAAAUGGAGACGUUCAGCUCAAAACACAUGGCUAUGAAGGCUCAGAAAAAGAUCCUCAGUCACAUGGCCAACAAGUCCGUGGUGCAGAUGUUCAUCGACGACACGAGCAGCGAGAUCCUGGACGAGCUCUACCGGGUGUCCAAGGAGCACACGGGCAACCGCAACGAGGCUCAGAAGGUGGUCAAGAACAUGAUCAAAGUGGCGGUCAAGGUGGGGGUGCUCUUCCGCCACGAGCGGUUCAGUGCCGACGAGCUGUCCCUGGCCCAGGAGUUCAAGAAGAAGUUUCAUCACGGAGCGAUGACAGCCAUCAGCUUUCAAGAAGUGGAGUUCACCUUUGAUAAGGCGAUCAUGAUAAACAACUUGGUCAUAUGUCGGGACAUACUAUUGCAGCUGGUUGAGAAGCACCUCACACCGAAAUCCCUGGAUCGCAUACGCCAUGUCUUCAACCACUACGCUGACCCGGAUCUACUUACCAACCUCUACGACCACGAGGGACCACUGUGGUCCCACCUGACUAAGAUCUGUGGAGGCCUCAAUAAACUGAUCGAAGAGGGCAAGCUCUGAACAACAGGCCCUCUGUCGAGGAACCUGACUAAUCUGACAGUUACGACAGCACAGAUGAACAGGGAAACAGGGUGUCGGCACUUGAGUUCAAGAGACCACCACGUUGACACCUCAGCUGAAACCAUUUCCGACGUUUGGCCUGUAUUGAUUAGCGAGAGGUAAUUCCCAGUCAGAUCAGCGCAGCUAGUCUGGAGACAUGUCAAGGCAGUGAUCAAAGUCUGACUGUGGGAAGGGUGUGCUGUGCAGAGCAAUAACCUACAAGUAUCCUGAAAAUGCUCGUCAAAUCCAUAUGGCUAUACAAGUGCUGAAAUGCUGAAGCUUCCCAUUAAGAACUAACAGCCAUGACAUUCUGGAACUGCCUCUGGGAAUUCAUCAGUUUACUGUAAAGGACUUGUACAUUGUAGAUUGGAUUAUAAUCUGUAGAUUACAGACUCACUCCCUCCUUAACACAGUAUAAUGCAGUCGUGUGUGUCAGUUCUACUGCCACUUUCAAAACAAAGUAUCCAUGUCUUAUUUCUUUUACAGCCAUACAUAAUCAGUAUUAGAUUGUACAUUUUGUUUAACUGUUUUCAGUUAUUUAAAGUUUUUAUGUUUUGUUUACCCCAAAAUGAUGCACUGUUUAGUUAGGCUCUUAUAGCUUUUAAAUGAAGCAUAAAUUGGUUGCUACCUGUAAUGUGAAGGACAUUUUCUCUUUAUCUAAAUCAAUGUAAAUAUGAACAUGAUGAAUAUUGAAAAAUGGGAAAUGUCAAGUAAAGAGACUCAAAAAAUGCA